UUUUCUCAAGUUUUGUCAAAUAUUGCCCACUUCAUAAAACACUAAAUUCAGAAAUAUAAUUUGAUGUGUGCUUCUGUUCAGCAACAGCCACAAGAACCUCUGCAAAUUCAGGUCCCAAAUCUUCUUUUGGGAGAUUUUGGUGACCCAGUUGGGAUUUUGAGAGAUUCUUGUUGAAGAAACUAUGGAUACUUUAUUAAAAACGCAUAAUAAACUUGAAUUCUUGCCCCAACUUCAUGGGUUCUCAGAAAAAGUUUGUAAUUUUAGCUCACUAAAGUUUCAGAAUUCCGAGGUUAGGUUUUGUUCAAAGAAAUUUUAUCCGAAAAGGUGUGCAAAUGGAUGUGUAAGAGUGAGUAGCAGUGCUCUUUUAGAGCUUGUACCUGAAACCAAGAAGGAAAAUCUUGAAUUUGAGCUUCCUAUGUAUGACCCAUCCAAAGGUCUGGUUGUUGACCUUGCUGUUGUCGGUGGCGGUCCUGCGGGGCUUGCAGUUGCGCAGCAAGUUUCGGAAGCAGGGCUUUCUGUGUGUUCGAUUGAUCCAUCGCCUAAAUUGAUCUGGCCUAAUAAUUACGGUGUUUGGGUGGAUGAGUUUGAGGCCAUGGAUUUGCUUGACUGUCUUGAUACCACCUGGUCCGGUGCUGUUGUGUAUGUCGAUGAUAAAACGGAGAAGGAUCUUGGGAGACCUUACGGAAGGGUUAAUAGGAAGCAGCUAAAGUCGAAAAUGCUGCAGAAAUGCAUAUCUAAUGGUGUUAAAUUUCACCAAGCUAAAGUUAUCAAGGUUAUUCAUGAGGAAUCAAAGUCUCUUUUGAUUUGCAAUGAUGGUAUCACAAUCCAGGCAGCUCUGGUUCUUGAUGCAACAGGCUUUUCUAGGUGCCUUGUUCAGUAUGAUAAGCCAUAUAAUCCGGGUUACCAAGUGGCUUAUGGAAUUUUGGCCGAGGUAGAAGAGCACCCGUUUAAUGUAGAUAAGAUGCUUUUUAUGGACUGGAGAGACUCGCAUUUGGAUGAUAUUCCAGAGUUGAAAGAGAGAAAUAGAAAGAUCCCCACUUUUCUAUAUGCAAUGCCCUUUUCAAAAGACAGGAUAUUUCUUGAAGAAACUUCUCUAGUCGCUCGGCCAGGAUUACGUAUGGAAGACAUCCAGGAAAGGAUGGUGGCUAGACUAAGGCACUUGGGCAUAAAAGUGAAAAGUAUUGAAGAAGAUGAGCACUGUGUCAUUCCAAUGGGUGGUCCUCUCCCUGUCCUCCCUCAAAGAGUUGUCGGUAUCGGUGGUACUGCAGGCAUGGUUCACCCUUCAACUGGGUAUAUGGUAGCAAGAACUCUAGCAGCAGCUCCUAUUGUUGCGAAUGCCAUAGUCCAAUACCUUGGUUCCAGCAGAAGACUUACCGGAAAUGAAUUAUCUUCCGAAUUAUGGAAAGAUUUAUGGCCCAUAGAGAGGAGAAGACAGAGAGAGUUCUUUUGUUUCGGCAUGGAUAUUUUGCUAAAGCUCGAUUUACAAGCCACGCGUAGGUUUUUUGACGCGUUCUUUGAUCUGGAACCUCAUUAUUGGCAUGGCUUCCUGUCGUCUCGACUAUUCCUGCCGGAGCUAAUAUUUUUCGGUCUCUCAUUGUUUUCGCGUGCUUCUAAUACUUCCAGGUUAGAGAUUAUGGCAAAGGGAACUGUUCCUUUGGUUAAAAUGGUGAACAAUUUAAUACAGGAUAGAGAAUAGAUGGCUAGGAUUUCAUUUGUUUUCUGCUAAAUCCAUUCCAUCUGCACUUUUCUAUGCUGUUGUUGUCUGUAAUUGUGAAUCUUAUGGAAGGGCAAUGCUCUGAUUCAAACAUGGGCUGCUAUAAUUCUGAAGCAGGUCACAUUAUACAUAAUCAAAUUUUGUUUUUACA